GCGGGAGGCUGAGGGUCCUCAGGUCCGCGACCAGCGCCAGGCUUUGCUGUUAAAUCCCAGCCCGAGCCCUCUAGCGUCUCUGCCUUCCGCAACCUGGCCGCUAGGCAGGACCCAGCGCUUAAGAACGGGUCAGUCGUGCCUCUCUCAAGCCCCCAGCUGCACUGUAAUCUCCCACCGCUACUUCCUCCCCUGCUCCUUCCCUCCUAAGACUGCACCGGGUCCUCCCGAUAGCCUGACGCUUCGCGCCUCUCCUCUGCCCUCCUCCAUUGCGCGCUCCUCCGGAGCGUGACCCUUCAGGGGCCGUGCAAGCUCCUGCAGUCGAGAUUCGUCCUCCUCGCUGCUCUGGCCAGGUUUGCCGGCCCCUUCUCCCGUUUCGGAUUCCAUCCUCCCCACACUGUCCUCUUCACUAGUUCUCUAAGCACCGAGCAGGGCAGAGCGCGCUCCACCCCCAUUUUCCAUACAUGGGAGCUGGAGUGGGGGGCGGAGCUGAGGGGAGGCGCUCCCAGUCCCCCUCAGAAGCUGCUAGCCCACUGGGAACAUUUGGAUCCGUUCAGCUCCCGUGGAGAAGCGAGACCGGAUCACCGACGUGGGCAGAGGACUGCCGGGGGCCAGCAGAAAUUCUGCCCCUUCUUCCCGCGAGCGCUUUCCCGCCCUCCAAACCCCACUCCCAGGUGGCCAUGGCCUCAUCGCCCACUCCGGGCCCCAGGGUUUCUGACUUAUUUUCUGGGCUGCCGCCGGCGGUCACAACUCCCGCCAACCAGAGCGCAGAGGCCUCGGCGGGCAACGGGUCGGUGGCUGGCGCGGACGCUCCGGCCGUCACGCCCUUCCAGAGCCUGCAGCUGGUGCAUCAGCUGAAGGGGCUGAUCGUGCUGCUCUACAGCGUCGUUGUGGUCGUGGGGCUGGUGGGCAACUGCCUGCUGGUGCUGGUGAUCGCGCGGGUGCGCCGGCUGCACAACGUGACCAACUUUCUCAUCGGUAACCUCGCCUUGUCCGACGUGCUCAUGUGCGCCGCCUGCGUGCCGCUCACGCUGGCCUACGCCUUCGAGCCACGCGGCUGGGUGUUCGGCGGCGGCCUGUGCCACCUGGUCUUCUUCCUGCAGCCGGUCACCGUCUACGUGUCGGUGUUCACGCUCACCACCAUCGCAGUGGACCGCUACGUCGUGCUGGUGCACCCGCUGCGGCGGCGCAUCUCGCUGCGCCUCAGCGCGUACGCGGUGCUGGCCAUCUGGGCGCUGUCCGCGGUGCUGGCGCUGCCUGCUGCCAUGCACACUUAUCACGUGGAGCUCAAGCCACACGACGUGCGCCUCUGCGAGGAGUUCUGGGGUUCCCAGGAGCGCCAGCGCCAGCUCUACGCCUGGGGGCUGCUGCUGGUCACCUAUCUGCUCCCUCUGCUGGUCAUCCUCCUGUCUUACGUCCGGGUGUCCGUGAAGCUCCGCAACCGCGUGGUGCCCGGCUGCGUGACCCAGAGCCAGGCCGACUGGCACCGCGCGCGGCGCCGGCGCACCUUCUGCUUGCUGGUAGUGGUCGUGGUGGUGUUCGCCGUCUGCUGGCUGCCGCUACACGUCUUCAACCUGCUGCGGGACCUCGACCCGCGCGCCAUCGACCCCUACGCGUUUGGGCUGGUGCAGCUGCUCUGCCACUGGCUCGCCAUGAGCUCGGCCUGCUACAACCCCUUCAUCUACGCCUGGCUGCACGACAGCUUCCGCGAGGAGCUGCGCAAACUGUUGCUCGCUUGGCCACGCAAGAUCGCGCCCCAUGGCCAGAAUAUGACCGUCAGCGUGGUCAUCUGAUGCCACUUAGCCAGGCCUUGGUCAAGGAGCUGCAUUUCCACUGGCCUCCGAGGGCACCACUUGAGGUCAACCUGGAGAGCUUAUUCUCAGCACCAGAGCUAGCAAAGCCAACAGAGGGCAACAUUUCCAGCCCAGCCCUCUUGUCCGGCUGUCUGUCUUGUCCUUGUGUCUUUGUAAAAUGUUAAGUGGGCUUUGGUGAGAGUCUUGCUCUUUGCUUGGGGGUAAGCCAGAGAGAGGAAAGAGGAUUUAUUAUUUCUUCUUUAUGCCCUUGAAGGACAAACAAAAACUUUUUCUCCAUGUUCAGAAAAGUAUUUCAGAACCAUGAUUGCCUUCCUGGCAUCCCCUCCUCCUGCUCAUUGGUGAAAUGCACAGUGUGAAUGGGAUUUAAAAGAAAUGCAUUGGGCUUGGUAAAGAUUUUCAGUUUGCCUUCAGAAAAGGACUCAGCUGAGAGGAUCCUGAUAUUGCUUAGUGCAUUUGAACCCUUGCAUUUCUAGAAUUUCAGGUAAAUAUGUAUUAGAAAUCUAUGUCUAGGAUUUCAGCAUUUCCUGAAUAAGACCUUUAUAUGCCCAAAGGGUCCUUUUAAAACCACUUGAGUUUAUAGUACAAAAACACCUACAAGCUCCCUUUAGAAAGGUCUUGCUUUUGUUUCUCCCCUUUCCUCCCCAACUACUAUCUAAAAAUUUUGAGACGAAUUAGUCAAUGAAGAGAUAGAUAAAAACAGAUAAAGAGGAAAAGGUCCAAUUCACUUAAGAGGGCAUUUAAUUGUACAUAAGGGCAGACAUCCUCUGUGUAUGUGUGUUUGUGUAUGUGUGUGUACACAUUCAGUGUUUGCCACAAAGUGGGCACUCAAAUAUUUGGUUUUCUGAAUACUCAAUGUAAACUGUGUGGCAUGGCAUUCUCUUGCAGUCUCUAAUUGCUCACUUGCAACAGAUCAACAGCUGUCAUCUGACUGCUCAGCACCUGCUCUGUAGUGAUUCUUGGAACAUGAUCAACCCAGAAAUCAAGAACCAGCAGAAGUUUACUUAAGGACAGAACAGAAGAAUAAGCUACCAUCCACAUGCUGUGUAGAUCAAACACUAAUUACUUCCAGGGUUAAGGGAACAGGUGAAGACUGUGGAGCAUGAUACCAGGCUGAUAAUCAUCACCUUAACCUCCUGUGAGUUCUGUAAAUGAGGACAAGUGCCUUGGGACAAGGGUCUCCACACUGUUGGAACAGCAACUUGGGCAGUGAGGACAGGAGUCUUGGGAAAUGAUACAUAAUAUCCAGCUGUCACAUCAGCCUCUGUGUUCCCAGUAACUCAGUCACCAUCCAUAAGGUUCAACUACUUUCCCAACUCACUGAACACAAGAAUCACUGUUUCCCUCCUCCUGCUUCUCUUAUUCUCAGAAAUAAGCUCAUUCCUUCAUUAAAAUGUGCACUAAAAGGAAAGAGGGAUGAUACGGGAAUGACAAGUGUUUAGUCCUAUUACAUUCAUGUCAAUAACCAUGGUGGGAGUGGGAGUGAUCACGGUUGGGCUGGUUAGCAUAGGAUUCUUUAGUAGUUACUGGGCUAGACUUUUUGCACACAAUAAAGGGUAGGAAAGGCUAGUUUGGGAGAAAGGAAAAGGCAGGCAAAGAUGGUAUGGAGGCUAUCUCUGGCAAUGGUGCUAAAUGAACUUGAGCUUCAUCCAUGGAUUGGAGAACAAAGAACCUGUGUGCUAACACUGCAGCCCACCCUGCCCCAGAUGAGUUCAUCUCCCAGGCAUCCUGAGGAUAGCUUCUCUGCUUCUAGCAGCUCUAUUACUUGGGAGGCUCAGGGCCAGACAUUUCCCAUUCCCUUUGAUUCCUUUGAUGGUCAUGUGUGGAGAGUGUAGGUGGUAGGGGGAAGGAGAGGGAUUAUUUGGGGAGGGAUCUGAUUCAUUGUGGGCUCUUUGUUGGAAGGUUUGAAUCACUGGUUCUCAGCCCUGGCUACUCCUAGAAUCACCUGGGGAACUUUUUUUUUUUAAUUGAUGUCUGGGCCCUCCUCCUAAGAGUCUAAUUGAUUUGAGAUGGUGCCUGGACACUAGCAUUUUCCAAAGCACUUCAGGGGAUUUUAAUGUGAAACCAAAAUUAAGCACCUUAAGAAUUAUCCUUUCUAGGCCCGGGAGUGGUGGCUCAGACCUGUAAUCCCAGCACUUUGGGAGACCAAGGCAGGCAGAUCACGAGGUCAGGAGUUUGAGACCAGCCUGACCAACAUGGUGAAACCCCAUCUCUACUAAAAAUACAAAAAUUAGCCGGGUGUGGCGGUGCACACCUGUAAUCCCAGCUACUCAGGAGGCUGAGGCUGGAGGAUUUCUUGAACCUGGGGAGGAAGAGUUGCAGUGAGCUGAGAUUGUGCCACUGUACUCCAACCUGGGUGACAGAGCAAGACUUGGUCUCGGGGUUGGGUGGGGGUGGGGGUGGGGGUGGGGAAAUAUCCUCUUUCUAAUGAAUCUUAGAAACGUCCGAAUAAAGCUUUAGUUGCACCUGUGAAAGGUGUUAAUAAUUUGGAGUUGAAUUGGAUGGUGUUACAUGUCAUACUUAGAGAAUACUCUUUUAGUCUUCAGACAAUACCUGCUCAAUCAGAGGCAAAUUAUUGAAAUCCAAAUAUAUAGGGAUUCAUUCAACAGUUUACUUACUUAUUUCUUUUGUAUCAGUCCAAUCAAGUCAGAAGGAAUGUCAUCAUUCAACCUUAGUUCAAUUGUAUUAUAAAUUUACAUACCAUGGCCUGGUACCAUGGCUCACAUCUGUAAUUCCAAAACUUUGGGAGGCUGAAGGGGGAGAAUUGCUUGCACCCAGGAGUUCAAGACCAGUCUGGGAAAUACGGCAAAACUCCAUCUCUACAAAAAAUAGCUGGACAUGAUGGUGCACACCUGCAGUCCCAGCUACUUGGGACGCCAAGGCAGGAGGAUCACUGUAGCCUGGGAGGAUUACUAGGCUGCAGUGAGCUGUCAUUACACCACUGACUCCAGUCUCAGUGACAGAGCAAAACCUAGUCUCAAACAAACAAAAAACCAAAAAUAAUUUACAUAGCAUGAAUUAUUUUGAAUCCUGGUUGUCAGGGUGUUAGAAAAAGUGCUCCCUGAUUAAGUUUAUAUCAACUAUGAAGAACAAGCAUCUCCAUUAACUACUGGAAAAGUUGCCACUGGUUUCUGUCAUGCCUACAACUUAAGUUUGAAACACUUACAUGGACUUUAUAAACAGUCUAAAGAGGUUGGAGAAUUAGGUUGUGCUUAUAAACAUCUUUAUAUAUUAUGAAAACUGGCAACUGAACAGCAAUUCUCACAACAUCUGGUAUCUGUUUUGGACUAGUUUAUAAAUCAAACCAAAUUUCAAAAAAAUCAGAGGUGAGUCCCAGAGAGAACUGCAUAGGAUUGUAGGUAGAAAAAUUUAAUAAUUCAUUUUGGUUAAUAUCAAGCAUCUAAGAUGUAUACAUAGGGCUCUUCCUGCAAGGAGUCAUAUAGGCAGGCAAACAGGGAACUGAGCCAGUGGUACUUGGCAGCAGCCCUUCUCAAAGCUGAUGGGAGGUUCUGUAAUCCUCUUUGCAAGCAUUGUCACCAGGUCUCACUUUUGGCAGCCAUUCAAUAGAUUUAUCUCACUAAACUGGCAGAAGAGCGUUUCAAUGUAUGCUCCAACAGCUACCUGGAAAUAGCAAUUAUGAGAGAUGCUAAGGUAAUGAUUCCAAUUCCUAUAACCAUCUGAUUUUUUGUCCUUGUGAAUUUUCAAUCUGCUGUUUUACUGGGAUAGCUAAGUUCCAGGUUUGUUUUUUCAGGUAGGCUAACCCACCACCUCUGUCCUGUGAUUUCCUUCCUGAACAUCUAGUAGUCUUUCAAAUGCAAGGCACAAAACUAACCUCAAGAGUGUGGUUAGAUCUGGGGUUGAACACAGGGCCUGUCCCCUCACAGACGAGAGGUCAGGAGCACCUUUGUUUCCCAAGGCAGGUUCUUGAUUGAUUUACCUCCCUGCGUUGAUGUCUUUGCUGUGUAAAAUGCACAUGUUGCUGAAUCACAUGUGAAGCUCUACAUGCUGGGGUUUAUACUGUUUGACAUUUUGUGGGUGCUCAAUAAAUACUAAAUCAGCCCAGUC